AUGAACGCGCAUUGCACACAGAAAUUCUUUACCGUUUUCUCAAGAUUAAUCACCAUUCGUUCGAUGCAGACGAAGAGAGGAAAAAAUAGGAUAACUGACAAUAGUGAAAAAAAAGACAUUUUUGACUUCAUUCUUUCUCUCUCUCUCUCUCUCACCCUCAGUUCUCCCCUCCCUCUUUCUAUUUUGCUAUCUCUCUCUUUCACUUUCUUUUUAUAUCAUUCUUUCAUUUUCUAUUUUCAUCUCUUAAAUUUUUCUUCUGUCGCUUCUUCUCUCUUUUUAUCUCAAUCUAUUUUCUUUCCUCUCUUUCUCUUUCUUUAUAUUGCCCUCUCUUCCCCCCACCCUUUCCAUUUUUAUUUUAAUUUUUCUUCCUCCAACUCUUUCACACUCACUUUUUCUCAACAUGUCUUCUUCUUGUCUUUUUCUUUCGCUCUGUCUUUCUCCGUAUAUCAUUUUUUCAAUAUCUCUCGACAUCUCUUACUCUUAUCUUCUAUCUCUCCCCCUCUCUCUCUCUCUAUCUUAAUCCCUCUUCCUUCCCCCUUCCAUUCAUGUGCAGAAACAUACAAGUUCAUAUUUAUUGACAAAUAUUUGUGCAUCGAUUUGUGCUUUUGUUUGUUUCUUAUUUAUCUUCGUCCACAUUAA